UCAAUCCUGUUUCAAAACUGCUUGAAGAGAAAGAAGAAGCCCUGCUGAGUGAAAAGAGCAAAUACAAAGCUUUGGAACAAGAACAUAGCAAAACGGUUAAACUUGCAAAGCGUGAAAUUGUCAUGGCUAUGCAUGAAGAAUACGAGACUAAUAAGACAAUUCUAGAACAAAGCAGAGCAAACAAACAGGGCAUCAAGGGCCCCAAGAACGAAGGGAUUGAAGCUCCUUUGCACAAAAGUGAAGCAGCCAUUGCAGGGUAUGAAAAGGCGUUGGGCUUGAAGUCAAAUGCUGAGGACAUUCUUUGCGAUCUCAGGAAACCGAUUCUACACCUGUGCUGGGCUUCAUUGGCAUGCAACUAUCUAAUAGCUUGGCGAUGA